GCCGAUCUUUCCAGCUCAGGUUGGCGACGCUCUAGUCGCCGCUUCUCUAAGGCCCGCGGGGCGGCCUGGGAGCCGCGGCAGAAAGGCCCGCCUCCGUGCGCGCAGCCUGCGGGCGCGGGUCAUGGCGCGGCUCCCGAAGCUCGUAGUCUUCGAUCUAGAUUACACGCUGUGGCCGUUCUGGGUGGACACGCACGUAGACCCCCCGUUCCACAAAAGCAGUGAUGGAACUGUACGAGAUAGGCGGGGCCAGGCCGUCCGACUGUACCCAGAGGUGCCUGAGGUCCUGGAAAGAUUGCAGGGCUUGGGGGUGCCCGUCGCGGCCGCUUCACGGACAGGUGAGGUUGAAGGGGCCAACCAGCUACUGGAGCUCUUUGACCUUGUCAGAUACUUUGUUCAUCGGGAGAUCUACCCAGGCAGCAAGGUCACGCACUUUAAGAGGUUGCAUCAGAAGACUGGAGUUCCUUUCUCCCAGAUGAUCUUCUUUGAUGAUGAAAAGCGGAAUAUUGUAGAUGUCAGCAAACUGGGUGUUACCAGCAUUCAUGUCCAGAAUGGAAUGAGCCUUCAGACCCUAACUCAAGGAUUAGAGACAUUUGCAAAGGCACAAGCUGGACUCUGAGGUCCAGUCCUGUGGAUGAGCCUCAUUUGAGGCAUAGAACUGAAAGGAAAUCAGGAGGGCAUUUUCAGAGAAGAAGGAGAGGGGGCCAACCCCUGAAGACGCAAUACAGAAACUGAAGGAGACGGAGAAGAUAUUGAUCAAGAAACAGGAAUUUCUGGAGCAGAAGAUUGAACAGGAGCUACAAACUGCCAAGAAGCAUGGGACG